CUCCUACGAGGCACGAUGUGGCAACAUGGGCCUUGAACUCAAUCUUCGGCCGGUUCGUCCUGCAGAAGGUCGACGGCUGCCGAACAUGUCUUUGUCGUUUUCAAACCUGCCCCCAUCGCAAUUCGAAUCCAGCGCAGCCAUCCAGGACAGCUGACCCGGAGACGGAAUCAAUCACUCCCUUCACGGAUUUGAAAGCAAGAGAUGGUCGAGGUCUUGGAUCCUCCUCAGAGCGCGACAAGGGUCGGCUCGAGAAGGCGCCGCGGAAGAGCCUGUAUCACAUGCAAAGUCAGGCGUGUUCGGUGCGACUACGGCCAGCCCUCUUGCAACCGCUGUCUAAGCACAGGCCGCAAAUGCGACGGCUAUCCAGCGCCCAAGGCAGAGGGACGCGAUCCGCCUCCCGUGGCCGUCAUGCUGGUAAUAGACUCUCCCAUGCCCACGCAAUGCGACCGCGAGGCCGUGACGGCGUUUAGAUUCUUCGUUCAAGUCUGUGCCCCUGGCAUGCUGAACUACGGGAGCCACUACUUCUGGAACGAGCUGGUGCUGCAGGCCUGCCAUGUCGACGAGAGCAUCAAGCACCUCACCAUCGCGGCCUCCAGGCUGGGGUCGUACCGACUCCUCCAGCCCUGCAAGCCGCCGUCGGACAAGGACACCGUCUUCCUCGCGCACUACGGCAGGGCACUGAAGCUCCUCAGCCGAAGCAAGAACCCGGACCCGGGCUUCCUGCUUAUGGCCUGCCUCCUGCUCGUCCUGUGUGACGAGUUCCAAGAGAAUUCGUUCGCGGCCAUCCAGCACCUCAUCGCCGGCCGAAAGAUCCUCGCUGCGUACAGGCCAGCGGCGGCAUCGCUUCACCGCAGUAGGAGCACCAGUAACAACGCGGCCAUUGCAGAACUCGACCAGAUCUUCUCGAGGCUCGAGCUGCACACCAGCGAACUGUAUCACAUAGCCCGACCACAGUCGAUGUCCUGGUGGUGCAAGGGAGACGCCGCCACGGACAGCAUCCCGCUGUACCCGCAGCUCGAACCGCUCCAGCUCUGGGCGCGCAUUGAGGAGGCGGCGCGAGCCCUGCAAGGACUUGCCUUUGAAUGCACCUCGGCGCAGCUGGACGGCGCGCCCCCGCAGACGAGAUUCCAGAUCGUCCCGCACCUCACCGCCCGCCUCAACGCGUGGCUCGACGAGCUGACGGCCUUCGAGUCGGACAUGUACGCCCACCUCACCGCGGCGAUGCUAAUGGACCUGCACCUGCUGCGGACGUACCACCUGUGUCUGCACGUGCUGUCGCGCUGCGGCCCGUUCAGGCAGGAGGCGGCCUUCGACGCGUAUGCGGGCACGCUCGAGCACGUCGUGGUGAGCUGCAGCCUGCUGGUCCAGCGGCGGCGCACGCGGCUGGUGCCCGCCCUGUUCUUCGUCGCCACCCGGUACCGCAACGCCAGUUUCCGCCGCCGCGCCGUCGACCUGCUCCGCCAGUGCGGCCUGGACGGCCAGAUCCUCGCCCAGAUCGCCAUGAGAGUCGUCCGCGUCGAGGAGGCCGGCCUCGCCGCCCCGAUCGUCGGCUCCGACGUGCCGGCGAAGAACCGCAUCAGGCUGGUCGACGUGGGCUUUGACACCGCCGGGACCGGCUCGUACCUUCUGCGGUUCACGCGUCAUCCACACCGCGCUGUCGCCGGCGAGGGUGGCGGUGACGGCGACUGCGAGAAUGACAGGGACGGAGAGAGUGUCCCGCUCGAGCAUACCGCCCUGUCGACCCAGGCCUGCUGCUGGGCGGUUCCGCCCCAGACGUCUUCCCACGCGACCGGACUUCUCGAUGCUGUUCUGAGGUUUGACUUUAUGGCGUUUUGGAACCAGGAGGACCCGGCAUUCACCCUCCCGGCAGGCUUUGGCCCAGUAUGA